AAGCAUAGCCCUUCGUAAGCCUUGAGCUCAUAUUAAGCCGUUGGAGAAUUUUCCUUGACGCAAAAAUCAAAUCUUUAACUAGCUGUCGAUUCACCAAAAUCAUUUGUUUGUUGCAUAAUCUUCCAAAUUGAUGGCUACCAUGGCAUUGGCACUCUCUCCUCACCACAAACAUCAGCAUAAUCUCUUCAAUACUCCUCUCAAACAUCCUAAAUCCAGAAACACCAAAAUGGCUUUUAUAUCUGACAUUGCUGUAUUUAAUAAACGCAAAAACACUCCACAGAAAAUCGAGAUGCCAAAGCCUUUCCCAAAAUUAAAUACCGCAGAACCUCCCUCGAAAAUCGUUACAGCAAAACCUCCAUCAAAAAUCAAUACAGAACAUUAUCCAAAAGUUAUUACAGCACCAGCAGGAGAGACAAUAAGUGAAUGGGGUAGAAUCCAAAAGAAAACGAGCCAAAGAUCUUCAAAAUACCAUAAGACAUUGACUGCAAUCUACGGCGACAUGAAUGAUUUGUGUAGAGAAGGCAAGCUGAAGGAAGCUCUGCGUGCUUUAGACGAUACCCAAUUCAGAGGAGGCAUUCCAGUAGAUGCCAACAUGUACGAAAUUCUACUGCAGGCCUGUGCGAGGACAAAAGCAUUGGAACAGGGUAAGCAAGUCCAUGCCCACAUGAGAUUAACCAGGCUUGAUAGAUUUGAGUCUUUAAGGAUUAGGCUGGUCAAAAUGUAUGCCAGUUGUGGGAGUAUUGAGGAUGCACGCCAAGUGUUUGACGAAACAUCUUAUCCAAGUUUACAGAUGUGGAAUGCAUUGAUUAGAGGGUAUGUUAGUAAAGGGUUCUGUGAGAAAGACGCACUUGAGAUCUAUUGCCAAAUGAGGUUGGCAGGAGUGAAGGCUGACCAGAAUACGUUUUCUUGUGUGCUUAAGGCCUGUGGUGCCAUGUCGGACUUGCAACUGGGUAAGGAGAUUCAUGAGAGCAUAGUUAGAUGUAAGUUUCAGUCUGAUGUUGUUGUGGCGACUGCUCUUGUGGAUAUGUAUUCCAAAUGUGGAGCUAUUGAGGAUGCACGGAAAGUAUUUGACAAAAUGACUCAGAGGAAUGUGAUCACUUGGACUGCAAUGAUUUCUGGGUUUACACACACAGGGAUUUGGGAUGAUGCAUUAGAUUACUUUCAGCAAAUGCAAAUAGAAGGUGAGAAACCUAAUUCAAUAACCUUGGCGUCUGUACUUCCUGCAUGUGGAAAUACAGGAGAUCUUCAAUUGGGUAAGGAGAUCCAUAGCUAUGCUAUCAGAAACGGAUUUGAUGUAUAUUCGUUUGUGGCGAAUGGCCUUAUAGAGAUGUAUUUUAAUUGCGGCCAAGUAGAGGCUGCUCGAGACAUUUUUGGCAAAAUCCCUGAACGAGGUGUGGUUUUGUACAGCACCAUGAUUCAUGGGUGUGCUCAAAAUGGUUAUGCCAAUGAGACUUUGGAAAUCUUUCGUCAAAUGAAUUGGAAUGGUGUGAAGCCAAAUCAGUUUACUAUGAUGAGUGUGCUCCCUGCAUGUGGUGAUUUAGGAGCUUUGCACAAGGGAAAGGAACUCCAUGCUUACAUAAUUAGGUGUGGAUUUCAGUUUAAUGUAUCUGUGCGUUCUGCUAUUAUAAACAUGUACAUUAAAUGUGGAAGAAUUGAGAUUGCACGGAAUGUUUUUGAUAGAAUGUCUCAAAAUGAUGUUGCUUCCUGGACAGCGCUGAUUGCAGGAUGUGGAAUAAAUGAGGUUGGAAAGGAAGCUGUUGACCUUUAUAACCAAAUGCAAUAGGCAAAAUUGGACCCCAGUUGUAUUAUUUUGCUUGCAACCAUGAAGGUCUAGUGGAUGAAGGCUGACAAUGCUUUGAGGGCAUUACACUUAGGAUGGAGCAUUAUACAUGCCUGGUUGACCUUCUUGGCGGCGCAGGGCGUCUGAACGAAGCAUACGACUUAAUUCUGAAGAUACCGCUAGGGCCUGAUGCUGCUGUGUGGGAAGCCUUGAUGGGUGCCUGCAGGAUUCACUGCAAUAUCAGGAUUGGAGAAGAUGCACAACAUCUCCUUGAUUUAGAAUCUCAAAAUGUUAGAACUUUUAUUAACAAACAGAUGCCCUUGCCAUCAUUUCAGCUUGCUAGUACGAUGAUGUAGCCAAAGAUGAGAGCCUUAAUGGGAAAGAGUAGGUUCAGCACAAAGCUAGGGUGCAGUUGGAUUAUGGUGAAGAAGCAUUCACAUAAUUCUGGUAAGAGACAAAACACACCCACAGUUGGGUCAAUUCAUGUCAUGUUGUAUACCUUAGAAGGGUAGAUGAAGUCUGCCACGUAUGAACCUGAAACAGACAUUGUGCUUCAUCAUGUGGACGCAUGGAGAAGAAACGGAAGGAACAAAUCUUGGGUUGCCACAGCAGAAAGAUGGCCAUUGCUUUUGGACUCAUAAAAAUAUGAGCUAGACACCUAAUCAUCAAAAAUCUUUGGGAAAAUGACUUGAUGCUGGCAAGUUCAUUUCAAAAAUUAUUGCAUAUGAUAUUAUUGCGAGGGACGCAAGUCAUUUCUAUCCCUUAAUGUCUUAUUGUGGAAUUUACUGGUGAUUCCUAGUAAAUGCUAAUUUAAACUAUAUUGCCAGAGAAAGGAAAAGAGCAAAGGAAAAUAGCAACCAGGUAUUAUGUCACAUGUUUGUAAAUCUGUCGAACUUGACACGAAGUUCAAAUAAUCAACACCUUAGCUUAAAUCUCAUAUAUGCCUUAGAACUGUAGCGCCGAGAGCAGGGUUUCUUUUGUUUCUAGAUCAUCCUGAAGUAUGGGGAAACAAAAAAUUUCAUUUUGUACUUCAAACACUUUUUGUCGAUGAAUUAUGAUGAAUAAUGCAAUUUUUUACAU